AUGGAAAUGAAUCCCGGCAAGGUGUUCAUUGGUGGAAUUUCUUGGGAGACCAAUGAAGAGCGUCUAAGAAACUAUUUCCAAACUUUCGGUGAAGUAGUGGAAGCUCUGAUAAUGAAAGAUCGCACCACUGGCCGUGCCCGUGGUUUUGGUUUCGUUGUUUUUGCAGAUACUUCUGUCGCUGAAAUAGUUGUCAGGGAAAGACACACGAUAGAUGGAAGAACUGUGGAGGCAAAAAAGGCUGUUCCUAGGGACGAUCACCAAAAUUUCAACAGAAACAACGGAAGUGUGCAAGGAUCGCCUGGUCCUGCCCGCACGAAAAAGAUAUUUGUGGGUGGCUUGGCAUCAACAGUCACAGAAAUGGACUUCAAGAGGUACUUUGAUCAAUUUGGGACAAUAACAGAUGUUGUGGUCAUGUAUGACCAUAAUACACAAAGGCCUAGAGGUUUUGGUUUUAUUACUUACGAUUCGGAGGAGGCAGUGGAUAAAGUUUUAUUCAAAACCUUUCAUGAACUUAAUGGAAAAAUGGUUGAGGUUAAACGAGCUGUUCCGAAGGAGUUAUCUCCAGGACCAACUCGAAGCCCAUUAACUGGAUAUAACUAUGGUCUCAAUAGGGCGAGCAGUUUCCUUGAUGCUAUUACUCAAGGCUAUAAUUCAAUCUCACUGGGAGGCUAUGGCAUGAGAAUGGAAGGUCGAUUUAGUCCGGUAUCUGUAGCUCGGAGUGGAUAUCUUCCAUAUACCCCCUCCAGUUAUAGCACGGGACUAAGUUUGGACUCAGGGUUGAGCUCAAACUAUGGGAUGACUGGAGAAUCAGGGUUGGGAUAUGGACGCAGCAUGAACGGCUACUAUAGAGGAAAUCAAAACAGAUAUGGAAGUCUCAUUGGAUAUAAUAUGGGUGAUGGAGGAAAUGGUUCUUUGUUGAAUUCGACAAACCAAAACAUGUGGGGCAAUGAGAGUCUUAAUUUUGGUACAAACUCUAUGACCUCUGACACUGUCGAUGGUUCGAGAAGUGGUAAUACUGGCAUCAUUGGUGGUUUAGGUAGUAUUGGAGGAACUUGGGGCUCCUCCCCCGUUUCAGCUCAAGGUGGGGGUAAUGGUUUUUUAAGCAGUGGUAAUGUUGGCAACUAUGGCAGCAGACAAAAUAGUUUUGGUGGCAGCGGAGGUUACAAUAGACACACUGUAGACAAUGUGAUUACAUCAGCAUAUUCUGCUGGAAAUGAGGUCAAAGAUGACGGUUUUGGGAACUUGUAUGGAGCUAAUUCAAUUUAUGGCGAUCCUGUUUGGCGUUCAUCGUCUCCAGAGCUAGAAGAGUCUGCCUUCUUUGGUUACGGGCUCGGAGCUGCAGCUGCAGAUGUUACACCUAAAAAUUCUGUUGGUUAUGACGGAGGUGGUUAUAGUGUUACGACUAGGUCAAAUAGAGGAAUUGCAGCCUAG